AACUGCUAGAUAAUUAAUAGAAUAGAACUGCAGAAGAACGACAUCCUAUACACUAAUUCGUAUAGUUAACAGAAUAUAUUAAAGAGCGUAGGUACCGUGGAGUCGUUCAUCUACAGAUCUAGCAAAAACCUAUAGUUUGAGAUGAUUUCUUAAUUUACUCGAGUUCGUUUUCCUACGAACAACAGUCUUCAAUUUCUUGUUUCAUCACAACAAUCAAAAUUGCAAGAUAGGGCAUCUGCCAUAUCUGAUAAUAUUGAAAAACAUUCUAAAGAAUUUUAAAAUAUUAUUUCCAAAUAAAUUUCUACCUGAUACAAUGUUUAUUUGAGAAUAUUUUAGACAUGUAGCAUAAAUUGCGAAAAUACAAAUCUAUCCAUAGAUAAUUUUAAGCUCUGCACAUAUUCAUUGAGAUUUUGAAUUCAAAAAUUAAAUUUAUCACAAUUUUGGGCUAGUAGUAUCGGGAUAAAAAUUUUCUUGUUCCCUCGACUGUAGGGAGGGUCAUAUGAAAAAAAAUAGAUUGUGUGUGUGUCUGUGUGUCUGCAUCGGGGUCAAAAGAACAUCAGGGUCAAAAAAACAUCCAUUUAAAGUUCUUUCCUCUAAACAUUGGCGAAAGUAAAUCGGGGUCGGGGAAUCCGAAUCUGAAGUUAGUUUUUCAAAAUUUUGAAUUGAAUUUUUUGAGCCAAGGGAGGGGUCUUUUGAGAAAAUAAGGAUAUUCCCUCGACUGUAGAGAGGGUCAUAUGAAAUAAAAUGCGUUUGUAUCUAUGUAUUUGUCAAGGUCAAAAAAACGUCAACGAUGAAUUUUUCCUAUAAAGGUUGACGAAAGUAAAUUGGGAUUGGGGAAUCCGAAUCUGAAGUCGUUUUUUUUGGCCGAGCUUUCAUUGGUCGGGAACCGGCCAAUCAGAAAUGAGCUUUUUUAUUAUAAGGAUUUUCGACGUUUCGAUGAAACUUUGCUAUAGGUUAUCGACGGCCGAGAAUCCGAAUCUGAAGUCGUUUUUUUUUGGCUGAGCUUUCAUUGGUCUGGAACCGUCCAAUCAGGUACGAGCUUUUAUAUUUUAAGGAUUUUCGGUGUUUUGGUGGCGCUUUGCUGUAGGUUAUCGAGGACCAGGAAUGCAUAUCCAUUAUCAGUUUUCAAAAUUCCGAACUUUUAGUGAAGACAGGUAAUGCUAGUGAAGCUUAGGUUGGAUUGAUUAAGGGUAGUUAAGGAUAGUUAAGAGCAGUUAAGACUAAUUGAAACUAAUUAUAAAUUCGGUGGGCUCCUGGUAGGGGGAUAUCGGAAAAUUUGAAUAAGUUUGCAUGCAUGGUUGAAUACGAUUAGAUGCUCCGAUAUUCCCUCGACUGUAGGGAGGGUCUUAUAAGAAAAAAUAGUUUGUGUGUGGCUUUGUGCCAAGGUCAAAAAAACAUUAAGGAUGAAUUUUUCUUACAAAGGUUGACGAAAGUAAAGCAGGGUCGGGGAAUCCGAGUCUGAAGUUAGUUUUUCAGAAUUUUGAAUUGAGUUUUUUGGGUUGAGGAAAGGAUUUUUUGAGAAAAUAACGAUAUUUUAUAAAGCUCGACGAAAGGAAAUCGGCGUCGGAGAAUCCGAAUCUGAAGUUAGUUUUUCAAAAUUUUGAAUUGAGUUUUUUACGUUGCGAAAAGGUUUUUUCAAAAAAUAACGUUAUUUUAUAAAGGUUGACGACAAUUAAUCGGGGUCGAGGAAUCCAAAUCUGAAGCCAUUUUCUGAAAAGCUUGAUUAGUUAUUUGUUUGAAAAAAGACCAUAAUUUGCUCUCUAAAUUAUUGCCUAAGAAAAAAUCAAAUCUCUGGGAAAAAGUCAUUUGAAAGAAAAGAAACUCAAAAUAUGGGAAACCCUUCUGCAUUGUGAAAAUUUGUGGCUGCUGUUUAGUUGCGGUGCCCCCUUUACAGUAUCGUUGUAGACAUGGGUCUGAGUAUGAACUGGUGGAGUAUGUAUGUCACUAAGUUGUAGUGUGGUAGGCCCGUGUUUACAUACCACUGGGACCCAAUCUUAGGCACAUGAGAUUGAGCGAUUCUUGUUUAUUCACAAUGGUUUCUGAGUUGAAUAGCUUUUUCUGCAGACUCUGCUUAGGUGGAAAGGAGUAGGAUCAAAAGAAUUUCGUAAGUGAAGUUACGGCCUGUAGGGUGAAUGCAGAAUAACCAAUGAUUGUUUUAAUUUGUGCAAAUAAUGCAGCGAGUGAGUAUGAGCAGGGGCUGACAGAAGUGGUGACGAGCGAUUGGCGAAUAAUAUUGCAAACGUAUUCUGAUGUUAUUUAACAUAAGAUCUAUGCGAAACCUAUAUGUAUCAAGAAUAACCAAUUAAGAUUCCCCCAAAUCAGAAGCCCUAUUAAAAUUCUAGCGCAUUGGCCAAACAAUCAGGGUAAAGAAAUUAGGAAUGAAUAAGAGGAAAGUGUCGGUUCGGAACAGCCCAUCUGGAGCAAUCCCGUUCUUAUCUCAACAGUUUUUCUAACUAAGAGUAAUCUGACAUUCGAUAGGGUUUAAGUAAAAAGAAACAUCUCAUGGGAAAAGAAGGUCAGAGGUAGCAGCAGCUAGCCGCGAGUGGCGCCCCGGAGGGGCGCCGACGAGCGACUAGCUGCUGCACUGAAUUAUCUUCAGAAAUGCCGCUUCAAUGUGUUGGGAUUCAUUGAAUAAGCGUCAAUAGUCAGGAUCUAAUCGACCUGAAUAAGGAAUAUCAGAUACAAAAACCUGAAAGAACUAUGUCAAGAGAAGGAUGAGAAACGGUUUUUUGUGUUUGGACACAAUGUCUGAAUAACUCAUCCGACAGAAAACAUGGCUGAAAGAAUUUAUAUCUGCUGUAUUGAGAGUUGACAUGAAUGAAAUAAAGAGUAUUUCUCUUGGUAUCUACUUUUAUUUACAUUAAUUGAAGUAUCUGAAUGUAUACGGAUAUAUUGAAAUUACCUGCCUAAUCUUAUCACGUCUUUGAAUAAGACCUUGUCGUAUGUAUGAUAUUUCUAUUAGAGAUCAGGCAUAACAUGAUUUAUUUUAAGGAAGGGGUUCUGCUCAGUUCCUAGUUUUCUAGAGAAGUCUAUAGUUAGCAGCAUUACCGACGAAUUUUCUAGAAUGUAUAUUAAUGUCUAGUAGAAUUUUCAAAGAGUAUUCUUCGUUUUCGUAUAACUGUUGUGAAUUUCUUUUCCCACGUGACCUCUGAAAAAAUUGAAUAUGAUAUGUUGCUAUUUUUCGAAGUAAGCCGAGUUUGGGAUUAGGUGAAACGUGAAUAAAGAAUAAUUAUUUUGUGGAGAAAAAGAAUGAAACAUAGCAGCGGCUAGCCAUGAGUGGCGCCCCUUCGAGGCGCCGACGAACGACUAGCCGCUGCACUAGAAGGUCCCUUGAAGGGAGGCUUCAGGCUGCUGGCAUUCAUUCAAUAAAUAUUGGAUACUAGCUGUGUUGAAGAUUGUAAAGCACUAUAAAAUAUCAAAGGGCCUAAUUUGCAGUCGAGGAUCAAGCGAGUCACACGGACGAGCGUUACUUGUAUUAAAUCUCGAAGACAUCAGAAACGUAAUAAAGACCAUGAAGACUAUCAUUAUUUUCCGACUAUUUACGAAUCCAUGAAAAUCGAUUUAUCAAUCUGAAAUAUUAUUCUCGACUAAUGUAGAAUUUUGAAAUUCAUUGAUACUGCUGUUGUUAUCACUGCAACUUCAAGAAAGCGUCGACUGAUUAAUCUCUUUCGACAAACAUGCAAGCAUAAAAGGUACGGCCAAUUGUUGCGGAAUUUCAAUUAUCUUCUAUAAUCUAUUUCUCUGUAGCAAUACAAGUCAAUGCACUUAAAUUUCUGUCAGCAGUAGAGACCCUCGUGAAUUACCAUCUCCAUAAAUGUUUCUAAAUUUCGUUGAAGCACAGCAUACUUCAAGGGGGAAACAGCGGACUUCAAGACUUCAAGACUUCAAAAGACUUCAAGAGACUUCAACGGACUUCAGCCGCAGUGACUUCAUAUUUUCACAAGACUUCAAAAGACUUCAAAAGACUUCAUAGGACUUCAAAUGACUUCACACGACUUCACAAGACUUCACAAGACUUCAAAAGACUUAUGAAGACUUCAUUGGAUUUCAAAAGACUUCAUGAGACUUCACAGACUUCUUGAGACUUCACGGGCUUCAUGAGACUUCAAAAGACUUUAUGAGAAUUCAUAAGACUUCAUUAGACUUCAUAAGACUUCAUAAGACUUCAUAAGACUUCACAAGACUUCACAAAACUUCAUCGGACUUCACAAGACUUCGUAAGAUUUCAAAAGACUUCAAAAGACUUCACAAGACUUCAAAAGGCAGAUUCCGUGCGUAUCAAAAAAACUUAUAGAAAUUAAAUGAAACCUCUAUAACAUGCAAAAAAGCUUAUCAUUAAGUAAGGGUGUCAUUUGCCAUGUACUUUAUAAUAAAUACAAAUUACUUAUCAUUUAAUUUACGCGUAAAUUAAAUGAAAAGUAAAUAUAAACUGACACUCUCAUUCAUAACGAAGUAACUAGCGUCUUCCGAGCACUAGGAACAGAAUGAUAUUGAUAAAAUCAACGUUGAAAAUAUUAUUUUAGCUGCUUUUAACCGUGCAAAAGAACUAGUUAAUAAUUUGAAUAUAUUACCUUCAUUAAAGGAAUGCAAUGCUUGUGAACUUAAUGGUUUAAGUAAAAAUAUAUCUGAUAGUAUUAGAUUCAACAUUAAUUCAGAUAAUUAUUUAGCAACGGAUUCAGAUUCUUCAUCAGAUUCUGAAUCUGAUUAUGAUGAUGGAGCAAUGGAAAGUCAUGAAUUUUAUAGUGAUCUAAUCAAUGUGGAUGAAGAAGAUAAAGAUGCGGCAAUGACACAAAACUUUGAUGAAAUUAAAACUGAGAAAAUAAAUUUUACUGCUCAACAUUUAAAUAUAGUUGAAAAAAAUCUUCAUCGAUAA